GCACCCAAGCCGCUUAACCCCAUCCCGAUCCAGCCUUCACCCCCAAACCCCACUGCCAUGAAGAAGAAGCCAGCCAACGGGAGGGGGCCGGAUCCUGCGGCCCCCCAGCAGCGAGCCCGGGGCAUCACCAAGCCGGCAGAGUACGUGGGCUCUUUCGCAGUGGAGGACUUGGACCUGCAGCAGCAAGCGGGGCGGCUGGAGGAGCAGUUGCGGGCACUGAAGGACUGCCCCAGGAGGAGGUCAGUGGUGCUGAGGUUCAGUUUGCAGGGGCUGAAGGUCUACGGCGCUGACGGGGAGACACUGCUGAUGGCGCACGCUCUCCGUCGGAUCCUGUACAGCACGUGGCGACACGCCGACCACCAGUUCGCCUUCGUGGCCCGCAAUCCCUGCAGCCCCGCCAGCCCCCUCUUCUGCCACCUCUUCGUGGGGCUCCCAGGCGAGGUCCAGACCCUGCACCUCUUGCUCUGCCGCUCCUUCCAGCUCUGCUACCUCCUGGCGCACCCUGAGGAGCAGGCGGGCGAGGGGGAGCCCCCGGGGACCGGGGUGCUGCGGGAGCCCCUCAACCCCGAGGAGGUGUCACGCAACGUCAACGCCCUCGUCUCCUUCCGACGCCUGCCCGCGCCCGCCAGCCUCGGCUCCCUGGGCGCAGGGGAGCGGCGGCCAGAGGCGGAGGGCAGAGCCGGCGCCUGGCGCCCGGGGAACCCCUACUGCUCCCCGGUUCUGGUGCGCAAAAAAGCCAUCCGCAGCAAAGUCCUGCGCUCGGGGGCUUACCGGGACUGCGGGGGCGAGAGCCAGCUCCACCAGCCGCCCCGCGACGCCGCGGCAGCGGGAUGGGAGAGCAAAGGGACGAGGAGCUUGGCCUUCCUCCCUGAAAAUGAGAGCGUCCUCGCCGAGAGCGUGUGGGCCUUCGCCGGCAUCACCAGGGACGUCGGGAUCGCGCUGCUGCGGCGGGACGUCCCCGGAGCCUUUCUCCUGCGCCCUGAGCCUGGCCUGGCCAAGCGCUGGUGCCUGUGGGUGCGGGCGCCCUGCGGCGUCAUCCCCUACUGCCUCUUCAGGACCCACCAGGGCAGGUUCUGCGUGGAAAUGGCCUCAGAGGCGGUGAAGGUGAUCGUCCGCUGCCGGCCCAUGAACGAGCGUGAGAAGGCUCUCGGCUGCAAGGCGGUCGUCAGCAUGGAGAGUGCGCGGGGCCAGUGCUUCCUCCAAAACCCUGCCGCCGCCGGCGAGCCCCCAAAGCAGUUCACCUUCGAUGGGGCAUACUACCAGGAGCACAGUACGGAGCAGAUCUACAACGAGAUCGCCUACCCGCUCGUGGAGGGUGUCACCGAAGGCUACAAUGGCACCAUAUUUGCCUAUGGCCAGACUGGCAGUGGGAAGUCAUUCACCAUGCAGGGAGUUGUGGAUCCUUCUAUACAGAAAGGCAUAAUACCCAGAGCAUUUGAACACAUUUUUGAGAGCGUGCAGUGUGCUGAAAAUGCCAAGUUCUUGGUAAGAGCUUCCUACCUGGAGAUUUACAACGAAGACAUACGAGACCUCCUAGGAGCUGAUACCAAGCAGAAGUUGGAGCUGAAGGAGCACCCAGAGAAAGGGGUGUACGUGAAGGGGCUCUCUCUGCACACCGUGCAUAGCGUGGUCCAGUGUGAGCAGAUCAUGGAGACAGGCUGGAGAAAUCGAGCAGUGGGUUACACCCUCAUGAAUAAGGACUCUUCCCGCUCCCACUCCAUCUUUACUGUCAAUAUGGAAAUCUACACUGUAGAUGAGCAAGGGCAGGACCACCUCAGGGCCGCAAAACUCAAUUUAGUGGAUCUGGCAGGAAGCGAGAGACAGUCAAAAACUGGAGCUACGGGGGAGCGGCUCAAAGAGGCCACCAAAAUCAACCUCUCCCUCUCAGCUCUGGGCAACGUCAUUUCAGCCCUGGUUGAUGGCAGGUGUAAGCACAUCCCGUACCGAGACUCAAAGCUGACCAGGCUGCUGCAAGACUCCCUCGGAGGGAAUACCAAGACCCUGAUGGUAGCAUGCUUAUCUCCAGCUGAUAACAACUAUGAUGAAAGCCUCAGUACUUUGCGCUAUGCUAAUCGAGCGAAAAACAUCAAGAACAAGCCCUGUAUCAAUGAGGACCCCAAGGAUGCUCUGCUGAGGGAGUAUCAGGAGGAGAUUAAGAAGCUGAAGGCCAUUCUAGCUGAACAGAUGAGUGCGCAUAACUUGUCAGGGCUUCUACCUGCUGAGACUGCUCACCUGGCAGCGAAGCCAGCUCCCCUCCUCAAACCCCAGUUAGAUCCUGAAGCAGAGAAGCAGCUGAUCAGAGAAGAGUACGAAGAGAGGCUGGCCCAACUAAAGGCCAGCUACGAAGCAGAGCAGGCAUCGCGUGCCCGCCUCGAAGAGGACAUCAGCAGCCUGAGAAAUCACUACGAUCUCAAGCUGUCUGCUCUCGAGGAGAACCUCAGGAAGGAAGCAGCGGCCAUGAGGACCGAAACUACUCCUGACAAGACACCUUUGCCUGAAGACUCUGUUGCUGCAGCAGAUGAAGAACUAACAUCAGCCCAGGACCCAGCAGCGCCUCGGACUGUCCAAGACACUGGUGGUAUGAGCAGAGGGACUGCUGGAGCAGAGGUGGCUGUCACUGCUGAGGGGAUUUCAUUGCCUGCAGACCAGCAGCAGGUGCUCGCCAGGCUGCAGAUGCUCGAGCGACAGGUAGUAGGGGGGGAACAGGCUAAAAACAAGGACCUCAAAGAAAAGCAUAAACGCCGGAAAAAAUACGCGGACGAGCGGAGGAUGCAGCUGGUGACCGCGCUGCAGCAAUCUAAUGAGGACAGCAGUGACUGGGUUCUGCUUAACGUCUACGACUCCAUCCAGGAGGAGGUUCGAGCCAAGAGCAAGCUUCUGGAGAAGAUGCAGAAGAAGCUGCAGGCUGCUGAGACCGAGAUCAAAGAUCUGCAGUCGGAGUUUGAGCUGGAAAAGAUCGAUUACCUCAGCACUAUCCGCCGCCUGGAGCGAGACCUGAUGCUCUUCCAGCAGCUGCUGGAUCAGGUGCAGUCCCUCGUCCGGCGUGACUGUAACUACAGCAAUCUGGAGAAGAUCAAGCGCGAAUCCGUCUGGGAUGAGGAAACCAGCUGCUGGAAAAUUCCACAGCCCCUCAUUCAAAAAACCCGCCUGCCCGCAGCAGUUCCAGCCCUGCCACAGCCCAAACCUGCCCAAAAGAGCCCUUCAGCCGAGAGCCAAGAGCGAACCCCCGAGGAAGACCGCUACCAACGGGUGCUGAACAGGAGUGACAGCCAGACCAUCGCCAGCAACUACUUCCGACCCCGGCGAGCCAGCCGCAUCCUCCACCCCGACCCAACUGAGAACCGAGCUCUCCCGGGGCCGGAGGGGGCUCCCAGCGGUGCCUCCGCCAUGCCCCGGCCCUUCCGCCUCCAAGCCCUCACCGUGGUCCCUCCGACCACCAUCAAGCGUAAAAAGGGCAAAGCCGGCUUCGCCGGCCGCCCCCUCUGACUCCUGCCACUCUCGAGGCGUCCGGCAACGCAGGAAGACGCCAAAUCUCUGUGGUUUUGCACCAAAACGCUCUCGCUUCUACAUCGUGGGACAGAGGGCGAGCUCGCUGUCGCUAUGUGCUGUCGCGCCCUGUACCCCCCAACCCUGCGCUGCAAUAAACCAGUCUGACACCGCCA